AUGGGAUGGGUUCCCGAUGAGUGGAGCAUAGACCACGACACAUUAAUAGACGCUGGCGGAUAUGUACAGAAGCUCAAGUUAUAUCCAUAUUUUGAUGCGGCUCACUAUGUUCUAACAUGCAUAUCAGUUCGACAUGAUCUCGGCCCGGAAGGAAUAUCAUUCUCCCGAAAACAUCCAUUUUCCUGUUGGUUAUCUUGCAUGCUCAUGUCGUUUGCUGGCAGUUUUCUCUCGUGCUUUCUCCUCGGCGAACCCAUUAUCUCACCACUCAAACAGCAUAAUGAUGUGAUUCUCGGCUCCAUUGUCUGGUAUCUCAUAUUCUAUUCGCCAUUUGAUAUUGUUUUUAAACUAUCAAAUUGGUUUCCAAUCAAAGUGAUAUUAUCAGUACUGAAAGAAAUUCAACGGACUCAUAAAAUCGCUUCUGGAGUGAAGCAUGCAGGACGAAUCUAUCCAGAGUCAUAUCUCGUGCAAAUUCUCGUUGGAGUUGCAAAGGGAGCCGGAUCCGGAGUCGUCAAGAUUGUUGAACAACUGGCACGUGGAACAUGGAUUCCAACGAAUCAUGAAAUUCUACGUCCAUCAUUUACCACAAAAGCAUGUGUUAUUGCUUCUUUGGUAUUCACAUUAGAGCGGCACAGUAUGUAUGUAACUGCUCCACACGAUUUGGUUUAUUUGUGCGUGGUUGGUUUCUUCAUCUACUUCAAACUUGCAUCGAUCUGCCUAUCCGUUCAUGACGUUCUCCUUCCAAUUGAGAAUGUUCUCUGUGCAGUUUUUAUGGGCGGAAUUAUCGAUGCCUUUGCAAAAGCUGUUGAUGCCACCAAACAAGCAAUUCAUAGCAAUCGAAUCAUGUCAGAAGAAGAGAUUCUUGCAAAAGAACGAGAAAAAAUGCUGAAAAAGAAGAAAGCAGCUCUUCAACAACAAAUGUCAAAUGGAACUGACAAAAAGAACAACUAA